AUGUUCGAUUUCUUCGGUCCAAGCUCGCUCGCUUCCAACAGCACUGCCGCUACCAGCUUCCACUUCGGCUCUUCUGAGGGCAGUCCAAAGUCAAACGCAGUUGUCAGAGCAGUCGCAUCAAACGACGACAACGACGACGAACGGCGUAGCUCUCUCGAGCGCACGAUCGACGCCGGAGGAUCGCAGAUCAUUUCUGGCGAGCCCAUGUUGCAGCAAACACAACAGCUCUCCGCUGAGGCUAUUUCUGUAGCUUCAGAACCCCGCCGGACCGUGGAAGAGGCUGGUAACGAAAGCACACUCGGCACACACUCGGCCUCCAUGCCUCCGCUGUACCCCGAGGAGAGCUUGCCAACCUACGAAGAAGCCCCCGAGUAUACGCCACCUCUGUCGCAGCCUGCCGCAAGUGGCUCUCGCUCCAAGACAUCAGCAUUCCGUGCAGCUGCUGCCAACCGCUUCCUGUCCAGUCGGAUCGCCAAAAAGCUCAACUUGCCUACUGCACUGCAGAGCCGCCUUCAGGGCACACAGACUCCCGACGAUUCCUCGACUUCGCAAACGUACAGCUCUCAGUCUCUGGCCAGUCGUCUGAACGAGAGGACGCGCUUUGUGCGGAGUGACAGUGCGCCAAAUCUCAUGCAAAGUUCAAACACACCGGGACGCCGACGCAUCGAGGUGUGCGACUAUGCGGCCACCGCCUAUGUUGACGGCGCUAGGAUGGGACCUGCCCCUCGGAGUACCAGGCCAACCUUCUCGCGACCUUCUACUGCCGGUGCCGAGUCUCCAAGAUCCCGUCCGAGCCCUAUCAACUCCGCCCGUCCCUCGUCAAGCAACGGUAUCCCCGUCCGCAACGGCGAUCAGAGACGAGUCGGCGCCUCACCCUUGCUUCGCACAGCCGUGUCUUCAGCCAGUUCAUCUAGGCGAAAUAGCGGCGAAUCUCGCCCCGUCAGUCGGGCUACGAUCAGCUCGGCUACCAACGGCGGCCUCUUCACCUGUGGUUACGCCUCGACUCGAAGCGGCGCCACCACACCUACACGUCCAAGUCUUUUGCGCAAGGGACGCAGCCGCACCGUGAGCUUGAGGAGUCUUGGGGAUCUCUUGUCUCUCAGCCGCGACCGCGACCGCGACCGCGCCAGUGGCCCAUCCGACGACAGCCUCGAGCGUGAUCAGCAGCAGGCAGAUGAGCCGAGUUCGACAGGCACAAUUGUGCGAGAAGUCGUCGCGCCUGUUUCUCAAGAGAUGCUCAUCUCUGCGCGGGUGCGUGCCGCUCCGACGGCUCGACCUAUCUUGAUGAACGCAGCACACAGUAGCCCCCAAUCUGGUGUCGAUCCGGCCGCGUCUGGCAACCCAGUGUUGAUCCUGCCUCAUCAAAGCUACGAGCGAAAACCGGAUCCGCUGCAACAGCUUCCGCGUGAGCUCGUAUUGACCAUCUUCAAAAGUCUGGUGGAUCUGCAUGUUCAGGAGCAUGAAAGUGCAGUGGAGAACGGUCUUUGGCGAGGCAAAAAAUCGAACGAGACGCGAUGGAUCGGUUUGGAGGCUGCCGUCCGCGAACUCGCACGUCUCAGUCGUGUGUCGCGAGCAUGGCAGAGCUUUGUGCUCGACGGACAGCUUUGGCAGAAUCUGGAGUUCUCCAAGUAUCCUAGUAUGACAGAAGAGGCCAUGGUUAAGAUCGCCAGGUCCGUUGGGCCCUUCGUUCGUCGUGUCGAUUUGCAUGGGCUUACCAAUCUGCGUUCCAGUGUGCUGCUGGCUCUUUCCAAGGCGCAGCGUCCAAGACCUCUGACGAGCUGGGAGCUCAACACCUCGACAUGCGUGCCGUUCACCACUCGUCAACUCGAGGAGCUCAACCUGCAAGGGUGCCGCCGUAUUUCUACAAGUGCGCUCAACACCGUCCUCUCGCAGUCGCCGAAUCUGAGGCAUUGCACGCUUGCGAGCCUGCCUUGCGUCGACAACACGACACUGUGUGUGCUGGCCGUGACGGCCACGAACCUCGAAACGCUUGACAUCAGUCGUUGCCGCAGCAUCGACGCGGACGGUGUUCGGGCCAUCUUUGCCAUCCAGGAAAGCGAGCUCAACAUUUCUGCUGUGUCCAAGGAGCGCAAUGUCGGUUCUCGCUUCCGCGAGCUACGCGCUGCUGGCGUGGCUGGUUUCAACUGCGCAACGCUCACCCAGCUUGGUAGGCACUGGCCGAACCUGGAAAUGCUCGAUUUGAGCUAUUGCAACGAUGUCAAUGAUGCUGCCAUUGCAGCACUGGUCAGCAGCGACGGCGAUACCGUUGGCGAAAAGGGGAAGUUUGUUACGCUCACUCCGCGUCAGGCAGGCAGUCAGGAUGAUGACGAAGUCGUCCGUAGGAGGUUUCCUCAUCUUAAGAAGCUCAACCUCUCGUCGUGUCGAGCGCUGUCCGAUCGCGCCUGUGUAUCUCUUGCGCAUGCUGUACCCAUGCUCGAGGUGCUGGAGCUUGCCAAUAUUGGACCAAGACUCAAGGAUGCGGGGCUGGUCAAGCUGCUUGGUACGACGCCGCAGCUGCAAAAGCUGGAUCUGGAAAGGGCUACACAGAUCACCGAUGCGGUCCUUUCGGCGUUAACCCCUCCCGAAUCGCACGCAGAAGCAUUUGGUCUUGCUGUGCCGGACAGAGACACGCUCAUGCACGGAACGAGACCGAGAGGCUCGCUGCUCAGUAUGGCUCGUCGAUCUGCGAGUCGAAGAAGGCAGGCAAAUCAGUCCGCGUCCUCAGCAAGCGCUCAGGACGAAGCGCCACCUUGCUAUGAUGAACAGGCUGUGGCGGCCUUGAUUCCGGCGACCGGAACACAUCUGACGCAUCUGGUUCUAUCGUCUGCCAACCACUUGACGGCCGAAGCGAUGCUUCUGCUGAUCAAGCGAUGUCCCUUCCUAGUCCAUCUGGAGCUGGAUGACACGCAUGCGGACAACGAAGUGGCACUGCAAUUUGUCAACCUUGCACGGUAUCGCAAGGUGCGAAAUGCGUACCUUGGUCUGGUUGACUGCAGGUCCUUUUCACGAGACACGUACUCUCAGCUCAGCCAUAGCGACGCAGCCGAUGGCGGUGUGCGGCCGAGAAGGGGAUCGCGGGGCUAUGCUUUCCGUCAGUUUAGCUAUGAUGACCCGGAGCCGCUCUCAGCGGUGGCCGUAGCGGUGACAAACGAGAGGCAAGAAGGAUGUGUGCAAGUGGGUUCUGAGUUGGAGGCAGCUGGCGGUGGUGGGACUUCGAUCGAAGGACGCGAGCAGGAAAGGGAGCGGGAUCGAGGAGGGUAUGACGAAUGCAAUGAUCUCAAGCCGGUAGUCAAGAGCUUCUGGGGCUGGCAGCUGGUGGAUGCUAGGCUGAAGCAGAAGCGCAAAGCCGAAGCGAAAGCGGCAGCGCGUCGGCCUCAGGGUGGACGCAGUAAAGUCACAAGCGUGAUGGCGAUGGCUUUGGGACUGCCGUCGGCUGCGGUUACUGGAGGUGAUGGGGAAGGUGCAGGUGCUUCUGCGAGUCACUCGCGGUCUCAGCGGGGAGUAGGAGGAGGGGCCGCACAGAGAUGGUCACGCAUGCUGCUUGGGCCUGAAGCGGUGGGGGAGGUUAGUGUGCGUGGAGCUGGUCAUGACGAUGAUAACGAUGAUGGCAGCGAGGAGGACGAUGCGCGUGGGUGUGUCGUUAUGUAG